CAACAAUCAGGACAACCUGCGCCACCUGUUUGAUGAUCUCUUCCCGGGAUUGCGCUUGCGCUGAUCUUCCCUAUCUGUGAACACCAUCCCUUCUCUCAAGGAAAAGAAGGAAGGAAUGUAAGGUAGGCAUCAUGUCGCGGAAAAAGAGAAGAUAUACGAAGUCAAAGGGAAAAGGUUCUCUUCUAACAAAAGCGAAAACACAGUCCUUGAAAUCAACCAAAAAUGUACAGAAAAAGAAAAAGUUCUUGCUAAAAAAAGGUAUCAAGAGAAAGCUUAAAAGUUCAACGCACGUUAAGAAAAUAUCUGAAAUUAAGAAGGAAAAGGCAACUGAUUCAAGUCCCGACAAGAAUUCAUCCACAACUUCUGAAUCUAUUACUUCAUCACCUUCUUCAAAAGAUUUACUAUCAGUUGCUGAAUCUGAGAAAUUUGUUUGUGAUAAUAGCGAAUUAUUAAGAAUCGAAAAUGCUGAAGAAAAGACGCUCGGGGAGUGUGCGCUUGAAGACGAAAGUACUGAUGACGAGAAACCUCCUCCAUCCCCUGACAAAAGGACAGAUUAUAAGCGACAUGAUGCUCUCUCAGAACUGAACAGCUAUUCUGAUGAUGAUACUACCAGCGAAUCAGAAUUUCAAAUAGAUCUAUCUCGAGAAGAGGAAGAAGAAAUGGAGGAGGAUAAUUCAUCUCAAAACUUUUGCAUAGCUUGCAACCUGAACGUCGGUACGAGAUCGGCUUUGACCGCCCACAUGAAGCAGCACAGCAUCACCAAUAAUCAAACACACCAGUGCCUGAUAUGCAACAAAACAUUGAGCUCUGCAAGCUCUUUGGAUCGACACAUGUUGAUCCACUCUGGAGAGAGGCCUUUUAAAUGUAAGCUCUGUGAUAUGUCUUUUACGACAAACGGAAACAUGCAUCGCCACAUGCGUACCCAUGGCGAUGUCGAAACGAGUGACAGCGAGAAGUCGUUAGACCUCAGGAAAAAAGAUGUGAUAAAAUGUGAUAUUCCGGCAGAAUGUCAGGACAGUGAUAAAAAGAUCCAUUGUCCGGUCUGCGGAAAAACAUUUCUUUGUAAAUAUGGCCUGCAAAGCCACAUGGAAACCCAUCCUAACGAUCCAAUACUUUGUCAAAAAUGUGAUACCAUAUCUGCUAAUUACAGCGCUUAUAUCAAUCACAAAUGCAAUAUUUUAGGUUCCAAGCAGCCCAUCAAAUGUUACAAUUUGCCUCGUGGAUUUCAAGACUUGACUUUCAUGGAUUUUACGUCUAAUAAGUUUUCACUCGUUUCGAAAUCGUAUUGCGAGCAGAAUAUCAAACGUCCGAGUAGUGCCUUUCACAAAUUUGAAUGUCAGAAGUGCAGCAAAGCGUUUCCUUGUGGCAGAGCUUUGAAGUUGCACGAGAAAGUUCACGAGACUGAAAUCGGAACUUUUUGUCCCAGUUGCCAUUGUGAUUUUCCCGCCUCCCCUUACCUCCAACUGCAUCAGUUGAAGCAUCGAUCUGUCGAGCACUGUUUCAACGCGGCCUUUCAAAGUGAAAUGGUGGCUGAUUUGAAGGCGCCGUUCAACAAAAUGGCCGCCGCCGGAAAGGAAGAUUUUCUCGCCCUGCUGAAUCUGCAGACUAAACAGUCCCAUUUAUCAUUGUUGAAGAAUUUAAGAUCUUGUCACAUCAAAGAAGAUACUUUUGAAAACUACGAUUACUUUGUUCAUGGAAAAGUUUUAGAAAAAGAUUUAAAAAGUGACAUCGAAACCAGUAAGAUUGCAAAUAACAACAACAAUAACGACUUUGCCGACAUACAGUCUAUAAUCACCGUAACGUCCAAGGCCCCUUUAAUGACUCCUGCUCAAACUUCACCUAUUGCAGUGCGUACCAUUUCACCAUCUAUGUUUGUUUCUGCUCACCAACCAGUGUCACCUCCUAUUGCUGAAUCAGCAUCAGCAAGUCCUGAAACUCCGUCCAAAGAGGAAAUUCCAUCUGCAAUGGAUAAUCAAUCUAUGUAUGAUGUUAGCGAUACAAUCAUGGAGACCCACGGUGUUUUUUCUUGUAAGAUAUGCUCUCAGAGAUUUAAAAAUAGUAGUGCUUUAAAGAGACAUACCAAGUUACAUGUUCAAAGGGGAUCCAAUUAUUCAUGCCACAUCUGCUCUUACGUCAGUGUUGACAAGAGCACUCUCAUACGCCAUCUCAGGACACACAAUGGUGAAAGACCAUUCCAAUGUGUCAUCUGUAAGUAUGCUUUCACUACGAAAGCUAAUUGCGAACGACACGUGCGAAAACGUCAUAAAAAAUUUGGGAAGGCUGAAAUUCGUAAUGCGAUGCAGUACAACCCAAAUAUGUCGCUCAGGACAUCGGAUCCUUCUACUGCUGAUAUCAGCAAUUCUGAGACUGUUUGUAAAUACUGCGGGGUGGAUUUCAAGUUCAAUCGAGUGUUGAGGCAUCAUUUGAGGUCCUUGCACAACAGCUGCAAUCGCAAACCUUUCAGUUGUAAAAUCUGCAAGUUUGGUUUUUCGACGAAGAAUAACUGCAUUCGACAUGUGCUGAAGCAACAUCCUAAUUUGAAAGACAAACUGAGGUCUGUCGUAAUCCCGAAUCCUCAGAUGCCGCAACCGGUUCAUCCAGAUUCGAUGAGCGACUCGAACUCUUCCGUGGGCAACCCGCCUUCUAGUGAUCACCAAGAGCUGCAGCCUCUAGAUUUGCAUUGCUGCGAGAAUCCCGAGAAGCCACUGGACCUGCAAACAGAUAAACUUUCCAACGACGAGACGGUCAUCGCUGCCGAGGGCUUAGUUUCCUUGUCCGAGGCCCCUCCUCUUCAAGAAGUACCUCUCGAUCUAGCUGCUCACGCCAUUGACCUCUCGUGCAAACCCCUCUCUGCCGUCACUAGGAAGUCAGAGUCUAAGCCAAGCAGUAUAUUUAAUAGUGCUCCUCACAUUCCAUUUCCUAACGAGUCCUUGGAUUUAUCGCAAACUAAAACUCCUCCUGCUGCUGACACGCAGAUAUCUCCUCUGCCCUUAAAUGCCAGCUCAAAGACCAAAAUUGAUAUCUCCCCUCCUACGCCAGGCCAAAAACACAGAUCAUUUACAUGCAUCUACUGCAAUGCUGGAUUCACAUUGAAAUCCAAUAUGGAGAGACACAUCAAGAGAAAGCACCCCGAGUUUGCCAGGCCGACUCGCAGCAGGAACUUCAUUCCAAGUAUAGUCACCCCGAACAUGCAGAAGCAGAACAUUUCCACGUUAUCGGAUGAGACGAGGAACGCCUUGAGACAUCACGUAUUGAAUACAAAAGUACAGCAAGUGCCAGUUUACAGAAAUUUCCAUCCGGAUGUACCUUUUCCCAAUGUCACAAAUGCCUUCAAGAUAGUCGGUCCCACCCACAGCAUCAUAACACCUGUCAAUCAAGUACCUACUUCAAGUACUUCUGUAUUGAAUUUGUCAUUGGAUUUAAGUGGCAAGCCUGAAAAAAUAACUCUGAUCAAUGCAUCGGGUGUAGUCAAAACGACGGAGAGCAGCGACGAACCCUGUUCUGACUUGGCGAGCGUGUCGUCUGUCAUAUGCACCGCAAAUUCGCCUCAAUUUACACAACUAUUGGGGAAGCAGUCGGAUAGUGAGAAAGUGGACAUUGUGGAUAAAGAAGUGAAGAAAGACAAGAACGAAGAAGCCAGCACCUUCAAGAAGUCGGACACACCCCCAGUGUCUUGUCCGUUCUGCGAUAGGCAAUUUCCGUGGACGAGUUCUCUCCGACGUCACAUACUGACUCACACCGGUCAGAAACCGUUUAAGUGUCCCAAAUGUUCUCUGUGGUUCACUACAAAAUCCAAUUGUGAACGACACUUGAUUCGCAAGCACGGACACAAGGGCGAUUUGAUAACACGCAGUGUGCCGGAUCGUCCUUAUAAGUGCAACCACUGCUUGACCAGCACUUUCUCUACCCAGGGCAACCUUCGAAAGCACUUUUAUCUCAAGCACUGGACGAAGAGUUAUCUGGGCAUGAACUGUAAGCCGCCGCAUGUCGAGAGGAAGAACGCCGAAUCGGAUGUCACCGCCCAGGAGCACAGCUACAGCCAACCCAAUAGAAAAGGCCUUCUCCCUUGCAACUUUUGUGAUAAUAGCUUCGGCAGUGCAAACGAUUUGAGCUCGCACAUGCGUCAACACAGCGGGAUUAUUUACGUUUGCUAUCUAUGUCGCAAAACAUUUCCAAACCAUCAAAUGUGCUAUACUCAUUUUAAAACUUCACAUUCCUUAGUAUAUUUGAAACUGAACUUGAACGAAGACGUCCUCCCGGGCAGCGGCGAGGACGCGCACGUCGAAGAGAACCGCGCCGUAGCCGACAAGAAUGUUUCUUCCGUCGCGUGCAUGAUAUGUUUUCAAAAGAUGGCGUCUGUAGAACACCUGCAAAAACACUUCAAAACCCAUUUGUUGAAAGAGAAAGACGACCCUCAAACGAUUCCUAACAAAAAUCCGAUCGGCCGAACGCCCGACCCGAACCCUCCUAAAAAAGCCCGGGUGAUCAAAAAUAAAGUGAAAAAUUCUCUCCUGUACAUCUUUUCAAAAACAGCCAACACCUCCACUCAGACGAAAUCCCCGCGAAAUGUCGGCUCGAAAGCGGAGGCGACGUCGGAAGAAGAUUCCGAUUUAAUUCAAAAUCUACUCGGCAUCUCCGAUUCCAAGACGAUUGACGAAAUGUUGGUUUCUCCCGACAAUGCAGCCCGUAUUUUAGGAGUAAAAGAAAUGUAAAGCAUGAAUUUUUUACAAAGUCAUCAUCUGAAAAAAGCAUUUUAGUCCUUAUUAUAUGUUUGUCACAAUGUGUCUCGUCCAAAUAUUUGUAAAUAUGAUUAGUUCAUGUAAGAAAUGUUGUAAAAAUGUUUUUGUGCUGGGAGAUGGGUUUUUGGUCUAUUUUGUAUUAAUUAUUGUACAAUAAUUUAGCUUUUACGUCAGGGCUUCUACUUUUAAUCUGUCGGAAGGGUUACUGCAUCAAAAUGAUCACCAGGCAAUAGCAUGCAAGAAACUAUUUUAAAAGAAUGGGGUUAAAUGCAAAAUUCUUAGCCACCUCUAAGCAAGUGACUAUAUAUACACAGUUUUUCUUUUUUUU